CGUGAUUUAGCAGUAGGAUUGCACUAUGGAUGUAGCUGUGUACGUCCUGUUGACGUUAGUAGCUGCCUGUACAUUAAGAGUUGACGGCGCACGUUGGAUGGACGUUCACGAUGCAGUUAGCCAAACCAUCUCGGAGCUGGCAUUGAGAAACGAAAAGCGAUCUUUAUCAGAUACAUCGCCAGGGGAGAUCAUUAGCGUCGACCACAACACUGAUCUCAUUGAAAGUGACGUAUCCAGGACUAUAGAAGGUUCCAAAGUCAUGCGGUAUUUCGAGACCUUCCAUGGUAUCCCUGUUUAUGAUAGCGUUGCUUCCAUAGAAGUCGACAGCGAACAUGGCAAAUAUACAGGACAAGCAGCCGGGCAACUACUUCAGGACAUACAGAAUGAUAUCACAUCCGUUACACCAGCUUUAAAUGAGGGAGAGGCGUUAAAUCUUGCAAAGGUUUACUUUGGUGGCGACGAUAUUGAGUACAGCAACGAGAAUAUAGAACUAGUGAUAUAUCCAGCGUUAGACGUGGCCACGUUAGCGUACAGGGUGUCAUUCAUAGCGUUCGGCCAAGACGACAUUGCGAGACGACUUUUCAUUAUCAAUGCAAAUACUGGCACUCUCUUAAAAGAACUUAAUCUACUCCCGUCAUACCGAGUUAAAGCUACUGGUGGUAACAAAAAAAUUGGGAAAUUAGAGUACGGCAAGUCUAUGCCUUUUCUUGAAGUCAAGCAAAAGGACGGGAAAUGCAAGUUAGCCAAUGAGAAGGUAAAAGUGUAUAAUCUGAACCAUGGCAAGAAACCAAAGAAAGGAGACAAUCCUUACACGUUUGACUGUAAAAAAGCCGUUACAGAUCAGAUUAAUGGUGCAUUUUCUCCUCUAAGCGACGCAUUUUUCUAUGCAAACAGGGUUUUCAAAAUGUACGAAGAAUUGAUCAAUGCGCCCGCGAUCAGGCAACUACCCAUAGAGAUGUGGGUACAUUACGGUGAAGACGCUCUUGUUGCACAAUUUUCAGGUCCCAUGUUAAUGUUUGGAGAUGGGCGGAAGGACUUAUUUUAUCCAAUGAUUUCUGCUGACGUCAUUGGUCAUGAGAUGACUCACGGCUUUAUAGAGGACCAUUCUGGACUCGAGUACAGUGGUCAAUCCGGGGCUGUUGAUGAGUCCUUUGCGGACAUCGCUGGAGAAGCCGCCGAAGAAUAUGUUUUUGGUAGAAACGACUUCAAAUCUGGAGAUGACAUAUCUAUGGGUUACAAAGUUCGAGAUAUAUGCAUCCCGAAGUCCGACGGAAGGUCCAUUGACCAUAUCAACGAAUACAGUGACAGCUUAGAUGUACAUUAUACUAGCGGUAUUUUCAACAAAGCCGCAUGCCUUCUUGCGAAAACUGACGACUUUGAUAUCAUAAAAGUGUUUCAAAUAUUUGGGCAUGCGAACCGCUUCUAUUGGCAUCCGACAACAAAUUUCAGCAGUGCCGCAUGUGGUAUUGCAAAGUCCGCUUAUGACCUAGGGCAUGAUACAGAUGGGGUUUCUGUUGCAUUUGAAAAGGUCGGUAUCGAAGUGUGCUCAAUGGAGAAAUACACCCGAACACUACAUACACACACAACCAUUAACCACCUUCAGGCAAAGGGAGAUGAGAAAAUAGUCUUUAAGUUCAAUAUCAAGGUUGGAAGUAGUUUUAUGGCUUAUUCUAUGAAUGGCGACGGGGAUGUCGACAUGACCAUAGAUGCGAAACGAAAACUUCGCGGGGCUACUCCAAUGUAUUCGAGUGAUUCUAAGGGGAAUCUCGAAAUGAUUAAUGUUGACUUGAAGUUGAUUCGAAAAGGAUACAUUACUUUGAAACCAAAAAAGAAAGGCAUGUUCUCUGGGGUUAAGUUUUACUUACGUGUAAAUACGUGAGUAUAUAAAUAUGAUGUUCAUUUAAUGAUGAACGCAUGAAGGAUAUACAAUGUCCAUACCACUUAGGAAUGCAUGAUAUUUAUACUGAUACCGCCACGAUAUGGUACUGCGAUGUUGCAUCCAUUCAUAAAUAGAUAUAUACCCGACGAUAUAAUAAAACACUUUUUUCGUCAUCACCGUUUAUACAUUUGUAUAUGGUGUUGUAUUUAACUAUUUCGUACGUAAAGCUGAGCUUAUUCUUUGGCUCUCGAAUGUAUCUUUAACAGAGGACAAUAAAGAACUACCCCCGAUCCUGCAUAGGGACCAACAGUGGCUCUAUUGUCACCGCCCUAGUUUUGAUUUUUAAGAAUGUGACAUAUAAUGUAACAAGGAUUUGACCUAGAUAUUUAUGGCAUUCCCUGACAUAGUCAUUAAAUAAUCUUUCUAUUGUAGAUACAAUACUACCAAACAUAGCCUUGUCUGUCCACACAUUCCUUACUAAGAUUAUGAAAUACCCUGUGGUUCCGCUGUCACCACCCUAUCUCUAAAUUUAAGAAUGUGACGCGCCACGAAUUUGACCUAAAUUAAUAUGGCAGAUGUCGUUGAUGAAGCAGAAGACGCCUACUCUUAGGAACACCUGGUCGUGUUCUCCUUGCAUUUUUUCCAUACAGAUUUAGAUUUCUCUUUUAAUAGUUCGCCCUCGUUCUUUCAAGUUUGAUUACUAUUGAAUAUUCACAUCCUGGCACUAUGACUUCUAACACCGAAUUAAUUUGUACUGAAAUGUGUACGCAUGGUAAUUGAAAUUCUUGUUACAUAAUGUAUCGUAUUUAUUUAUAUACAUGUAUUAUUUUGAUAAAAGUACACACUGUUUUUUUUUUCAAUUUGUCCAAUAUCUCAAAUCUUUGAAAUAAGUCAUUUCCCACUUGUUCAUCAAAACAUAGAAAAUCGAAUCAAUAAUGUUUACUUAUCGGUUUUGUAUGAUGCAAGGGAGAUAAAUCAUUGAGAAAAAAGAUAACUUUGUCCUAUCCUCUUCUUGAAGGACAGGAGAGAUACCCAGUUAUAUACAGUUUCAUCGUUACACUUGGUUUGUUAAGUUUAUCCUUAUCAUCCUGUCUAUUUUCUUUCAACUAAUGCAUCUGUAAAUUUCUCCUUGGCGCAAUUACCAUCAAAUUAAUUGAUUAUUUUUUCAGCAUAGUAUAUCUCAGCAAGUGAACGGAACUCCCACACAGGGGUUAUCGCUUAACUAAUCGCCAAUUUUAAGGGGGUCAGGGAGGCAUCACGAAGAUAAAAUGGUCAGAAGAAAUAUAAAAUACCAUAUCAAGUCGUGUUAUGCGGGUUAUAAAAUGGGAGCAGGUUCAAUGUUUACGCUCUACCACUGUCUGGACAAUAAUGUUCGAAAGACGGCGAUUACGAGAGUAAAUCUAUUUCAUGUUUUUUACAUGUUGAAACUUAACUUUAACAGGUCGCCUAAAGCUAAAAGCAGAAGAAAAAAGGGCGCCCAAAAUAGAUUAAUGAUAAGAUCAAACUAAAUCGUUAAAAAAGCAACGAUAAAAACAGAAUCCAGUCGACAGUAAAAACAGGAAAAAAAAGAUAAUCAGCCGUAAAAAGGUAGUAUAUUAUUAUUAUAGUAUCAAAUAAAGGGCGAGAUAAUGAUAGGUUUUAGCGGAUGCCCUGUCUCUGUAGCAUUGCUGAAUUUUUCGAAUACAAAAUGACUCGAAUGAGCCGAAACCCACGAUCAACUUAACUUACAUAAAAUUGAUUAAAUUAUGAUUAUAUUUGUACAUGUUUACAUCGCAAUUUUGGUUUCCAUUAUUUUCAUCAGAUGGAUAGCUGCAAAACCUCAUUGUGUGUGAGCUACGCCGUGAUUCGGUCGGUCGUACGUCGUCUUUACUCAACAUCCUAGUGAGGGGCAUUCACCGAUUCAUGAAUCAAAAUAUCUUCGUCGCCUAUAGUAUUUUUCUUUUUUACCCAUAAUUCAUCAUUGAAUCUGACUUUGCACGUGCUUGUUUGACUACAGAAUGAACGGAAAUAAACAAAUUUUGACAUUUUGAUCGACCCCGGCGGCACCAAACAAGUUGACAGACAAACCACUACAUUGAUCGUUCGGCCGUCCGUCCCUAAAAAUGCUUGCAAUAACUAUUUGAUAACAGCUGCAAGACAGAUAUCUUCAAAAUGUCAUAUGUAUAUAACCCUUCUUCCUUAGCUGUGUAUUAUAUGGAGGAUGAUAAGACUGGUCAAAACACAUGAUGGUUGCGACGCCAUUUUUAAUGAUAACUGUUGAAAUAUUGGUAUCGCAAUUUCACAAAUCUUCGGAGAUCUUUCUGAAAUACAUGAACGCAUUUUGUCUGAGAUUGUUCGAAAAGCAAGAUGAUUAGCAGCCGGUCAUAUUGAAUUUUUUCAGUUUGAAUUUAUUACGGCUAUUUCGUCGACUGGUCUUCAUCAAUAAGUCUCUAAUUAUGGUAAUUAGCAUUGCGGCGAAGGGAGAAAGAAAAUGAAACAAACCAUCAGGCUUACAUAGAUCUUAUAUAUAUUAUAUUCCAAUGGUUGAGGUCAAGGUCACUCUAGGAGCUUUUUUAUUCCUUGCGGUUAGGUAUGCAGUAUCAUGUACAUUUUUUGAUGAAUAAUUGAUAUAUAUUAUUUAUAUAUACAUACAUUUAUUCACAACUUAUCAACUUAUAAUGGCUAAACAGUAUUUGAUAAACUUAUUUACAACUUGCCAGAAAAUUAAAUUGUCUGAUUGAAGAG